GCCCAACACAAGUCCCACAACAAAACCCCUCAAAACGCAGCGUUUCAACAUCCAUAAUCCUUCCCCUGACCCAAAUACGCCUCGUUUCAAAAACAAAUUUGAGUUCCCUCCUCUACAGCCGAACACCACCACUCACUCCUCUCUUAUCAUCCCUUCUCUCUCAAAACCCUAGCCCGCCAUAACCAAUCCUUCACUUUCUCUCUCUUCACUUUCUCUCUCCUCCAAAACUCCAACCUUUCAUCAAUGGCGUCAACAGCUUUAAGCUCACCAUCUCUCCAAAACCCCACUUUUCUCUCUCCUCACCCUUCUUCUCUCUCCUCUAAAACCCUCUCAAAACCCUGUUUUCCCCCCUUUUCACCUCCCCAAAAACCCACCUCCCUCAAAUCCUCCAUUAACCCUAUUUCCCCCUUUUUCUCCCCCAAAAAUCAACACCCAGAUAACGACGACAAAUUCAUCGAUGUCUCCGAUGACAAACCCCGCGAAGAAUGCGGCGUUGUCGGAAUAUACGGCGACUCCGAGGCGUCUCGUCUCUGUUACUUAGCGUUGCAUGCUUUACAACAUCGUGGGCAAGAAGGUGCUGGAAUCGUCACUGUAAACGACGGCGUUUUGCAGAGUAUUACUGGAGUUGGGUUAGUUUCAGAGGUUUUCAAUGAAACCAAACUUGACCAGUUACCGGGAAAAUCAACGAUUGGACAUGUUCGAUAUUCAACUGCUGGGUCUUCUAUGCUUAAGAAUGUUCAACCUUUUGUUGCCGGUUACCGGUUCGGCUCAGUGGGUGUUGCUCAUAAUGGUAAUUUAGUUAAUUAUAAAGCAUUGAGACAAAAUCUUGAAGAAAAUGGUUCAAUUUUUAAUACUAGUUCUGAUACUGAAGUAGUUCUUCAUUUGAUUGCUAUUUCUAAAGCUAGACCCUUUUUUUUGAGGAUUGUUGAUGCUUGUGAACAGUUAGAAGGGGCUUAUAGUAUGGUGUUUUUGACAGAGGAUAAGCUGGUGGCGGUUCGAGACCCGUUCGGGUUUCGGCCGCUUGUGAUGGGUAGGAGGAGUAAUGGGGCUGUUGUUUUUGCUUCUGAGACAUGUGCACUUGAUUUAAUUGAGGCUACUUAUGAGAGGGAAGUGUAUCCUGGUGAGGUUUUAGUUGUGGACAAAGAUGGGGUUCAGUCAUUGUGUUUGAUGCCUCAUCCUGUGUCCAAGCAGUGUAUUUUCGAGCACAUUUACUUUUCGUUGCCGAAUUCGAUUGUUUUUGGUAGGUCUGUGUAUGAGUCUAGGCGGGCAUUUGGUAUAAUCUUGGCUACUGAAUCGCCGGUUGAGUGUGAUGUUGUCAUUGCUGUGCCUGAUUCUGGUGUUGUUGCUGCUCUUGGGUAUGCUGAGAAAGCCGGUGUGCCGUUUCAGCAGGGUUUGAUUAGGUCUCAUUAUGUUGGUAGAACUUUUAUUGAGCCUUCCCAGAGGAUUAGGGACUUUGGUGUGAAGCUUAAGUUGGCACCAGUGAAGGCUGUUUUGGAGGGGAAGAGGGUUGUGGUUGUGGAUGACUCGAUUGUUAGGGGAACUACAUCAUCGAAAAUAGUUCGAUUGAUCAAGGAGGCUGGUGCAAAAGAGGUACAUAUGAGGAUUGCUUGCCCGCCCAUCAUUGGUUCUUGCUAUUAUGGUGUGGAUACUCCUAGUUCCGAAGAGCUCAUCUCAAAUAGGUUGGAUGUGGAGCAAAUUAGGGAGUACAUUGGGUCUGAUUCGCUUGCCUUUUUGUCUAUUGAUAGCUUGAGGAGAAUGUUGGGUAACGAUUCACCCAGCUUUUGCUAUGCUUGUUUUUCAGGGGAGUACCCUGUUGAGCCCAAGGAGGGAAAAAUAAAAAGUAUUGGUGAUUUUGUUGACGAUGGCUUGACUGGAGUUCUCGAUUCCAUUGAUGGUGCUUGGGUUCAAGGGCCUAGGCAUAAAUACUAAGUACUCGUAUUUGUAACCGUUUCAGAUAAUUAUCUAUCCAUGAUUGUCUUACCCCUCUUCCCCUCCCUUUCCCCAACUUUUCUUAGGAGCGUACAGAAAUUGGAUGUAGGAUCAAUUAAUUUGUUGCGAAAGAUAAUGAAGAAUGACUCCAAGAUGCAGAAGACUAGAAAAGGCGCGUUCUGAGCUUCGUCUCAGAAGUAGUUCUGAUUUAAGGACUGUUGUUACUAUAGAUUUUGCAUUUUGACAAUUUUGAUUUUUAUGUCCUCUUGUACUCUUGCUUCCAUGAUAUACAAGGUUUCUUGAUCUGGAUACAUUUUAAUUUGA